GUGUGUUUUUAGUGCGUUUCGUUUUUCCAUUAGAUUUACUCACCGACCAGCUCUCACCCAAGCCCGACGCGACAGACACUUGUAGCGUGCGAAAGGUACUUACUUUCAUCUGUUAUAUAAAGAUGGCCUCACCUGUGCUGGGAUGGAUGUGGCUGAUGGUCGCACUGGGCCUUUCGCCCAUUGCCCUGGCCUGGAUGGCGCACUUUCGGCCAGCCAGCCUCCAGCUGCGCAUGGAGAAAGGCGAACGGGUGUCGCUCACGCUGGAGAAUGUGCCGCCAUCGACGCUGCAGCAGCCCCAGCGCUAUGUGUUCCGCCUGGAGAGUGCCGCCAAUGAUCUAGCCAGUGUGCCCGAGGAGAACUCCACCAUAGUCGUGGGUCUGUUCAAUUCGGACACACGGGACUGGACGGGCGACAUCCAGGUGAAUGCCCACUUUCUGGGCGAGACCAAGAUCACAGUCCGUCUGUUCGACAGCUUGUCGAACAGCAGCCAGCUGCCGACGCAGGGCACCAACGACAGCACGCUGGACGUGAAGGUGCAGCGGCCGAGCCGUGUGGUCGAUCACGUGUUCAUCGGCUCCAUCGUCCUGCUGAUGUCGCUGCUGUACAUCAACUUUGGCGCCGCUCUCAAUCUGGAUGUGCUGCGGGGACUGGUGACGCGACCAGUCGGUCCCUGUCUCGGAUUCGUGAUGCAGGUGGUGGGUAUGCCGCUGCUAAGCUACGCUCUGGGGGUGUUCAUCUUCCCUGAGGCUCCGGCCAUGCAGCUGGGGCUCUUCUUUACUGGAAUCUCGCCCAGCGGCGGUGCGUCCAAUACCUGGUCGGCGGUGCUGGGCGGCAACAUUCAUCUCUCGGUGCUAAUGACAACGGUGAGCAAUGUGGCCGCCUUUGUCACUAUGCCGCUGUGGAUUUUCACACUCGGCCAGCUGAUCUUCGAGCGGGCCGGAAUGCAGGUGCCAUACGGAACGAUUGCCACCUACUGUGCCUGCCUUAUCAUACCGCUGCUGAUGGGCCUGGCCAUCCAGAAGCGUUCGCCACGUCUCACCCGUGUCCUCGUGCGCCUGCUUAAGCCCAUCUCUGCCAGCCUCAUCCUGUUCAUUGUGAUCUUUGCGAUCGUCACGAACUUUUAUCUCUUCUAUCUGUUCUCCUGGCAGAUUGCUGUGGCCGGCAUGGCCCUGCCCGGGCUGGGCUACAUCUUUGCCUGGCUGGCCGCCAAGCUGCUGCAUCAGAACGCCGCCGAUGCCCUGACCAUUGCCAUCGAAACGGGCAUACAGAACACGGGCAUUGCCAUCUUUCUGCUGACCACCACGCUGGAGUCGCCGCAGUCCGAUCUCACUACGGUGGUGCCCGUGUCGGUGGCCGUGAUGACACCGCUUCCCCUGCUCGGCAUUUAUUUCUACAAUCGCUGCUGUCGGCCCAAGCCGGAUGAGCUAGCGGCGGGCGAGACCCAGCGCAUUGUCUGAGGGACAUGACAUAAUGAGGCAUUUUUUUUUGUAUUAUAUAUAUAUAUGUAGUAUGUAUAUGCAUACAUAUAUCUUAUAUAGCGGCUGACAAUGGUUUGCCGCCAAAGAGGUAGCUUUACAGGCCAAGCCGAACAUUGUAUAGAGUUUGAUUAUCUUAGUACUACGAUUAUUCCAUUCUCUACCACGUAUUAUUUGACAAUAAAGGAACCCCCACAAAGAGU